GGUAACAUCAUGGAAUCCAAGGACAUAGAAUUGUUGACAAUGCAUAUUGAUUUAUUGAUGAAAGCUAAUAACGUUGAUGCUCUCCUAAAUGAAUUGCUUGAUAGAAAAGUACUGUCUGAGUACAUUGCUUAUCAGUUGAAAAUGAUUCCAAACGAAGAGAUAAGACUCAAAACUUUAUUCGAGGAACUUAAAAGUCGUGGCCCGGCGGCCUUUGAGCACUUGCUAAGUUCUCUGGUAAUUACUGGCAAUGAAGAUAUUUGCGAUAAACUGAACGAAUUCAAAAAUCCGUUUACAAUGCUACAAAAAUUUGACAAUUCUGUCGCAACAUAAAUAAUGACAUAAUAAAGAUUUGGUCUUCUGUAUACUCCAAAAUCAAAGUCAUAAAAGCAGUGACCCCUCUUGAUGUAGAAGAUGGUUCAUCAAUGAAAAUCUACCGUAUGCGGUCGUCACCCAGAGGCUACGCGCUCAUAAUAAACAUCCACGAAUUCUUCGAGCCAAUUAAGUCAUCUGAUGACGAGAGAAGGCAUGGCUCAUACAGGGAUGUGGCAAACCUCUAUUCUCUCUUUUCCCAGCUAGGUUACAAAGUUAGGAUGCACUACAACCUCACAAAAAAGGAAAUACACGACAAAGUGAGCAGUUUUGCCGAGAUGCCGGAGCACGCCUCUGUCGAUUCAACAGUGGUUGUGGUGAUGAGCCAUGGAGGGAGAUAUCAUGACACAUUUCGGGCCUAUGACAAUCUACUAGUUCACUGCGACAAGGAUGUAGUGGCGCAUUUCACCAAUCACAAGUCAGAGCACCUCCAUGGCAAGCCAAAAAUAUUCAUUUUUCAAAUCUGCCGUGGAAAUCAAAAUGACCAUGGAAAACUUGUUGCAAAUAUUGUUCUGUCAACUACUCAAGACAUAGCUGAAAAAUCAACUAGUGACGCAACUGGUUCGUCAACUGUUGGCAAAACCAGCUCAUCAACUGUUGUUGAACCUGGUCUAUCAACUAGUUUAUCAACUGUUGAUGUAACUGGUUUAUCAACAACUGUUGAUAGAACUAGUUCUGAUGCGUUUCGUUGGGCAACUGGUAAUUCAACUACUUCAUCAGAUGGCAGAAUAUUCGAAUUGCCAAACUACGAUGAACCAGUUGAUCAACUACAAUCAGAUGGCCGUCAACGUCAGUCAACUGUAACUGUAACCCGUGAAGCGAGGGUUAACAACAUCUUCAAAAUCUAUUCAUCUACUUUUGAUUAUCAGUCAAUUCGCGACUGGGUUAAAGGAAGCUACUUUGUGGAUAUUAUGUGUCAGAUCUUCGCUGCAGAAGCCCACAGGUUGGAACUGCGUGAUUUGCUGCAUGAAACUGCCAACGUUGUCACCUCCAUUUAUGACCGUCGCUACGGCAUCAUGACACCGAGCAUCACCUGUUCGGCAGACUUUGGCAAACUCUACUUCAAUCCUGGAAUUGACGAUGAAACCACCUUUGUAACUCAUCAAGUCUCUGACAGGAAUGAUGGCGACUCUAGUGGGGGAAACACUCCUGACAAUGGCGACAGAAUAGAUGAAUCAGACAGAAUUAAUGGCAAUUGUAGAGAAGAUACUGAAAGAAAUGUUUCCAACAGAAAUGAUGACAACUGUGGAAGAGAUAGUGAAAGAAAUGUUUCUAACAACUCUUCUGACAAUGAUGACAGAAUUGAUUACUCUAACAGAGAUUAUGGUAACUCUUGUGAAAGAAACACUUCUGACAAUGACGACAGAAUUGAUGAAUCAGACAGAAUUAAUGGCAAUUGUAGAGAAGAUACUGAAAGAAAUGUUUCCAACAGAAAUGAUGACAACUGUAGAGAAGAUGGUGAGAGAAAUGUUUGUAACAAUGGUGAUAGAAUUGAUGACUCCAACAGAAAUCAUGGCUACUGUAGAGAAGAUGGUGAGAGAAAUGUUUGUGAUAAUGGUGAUAGAACUGAUGACUCCAACAAAGAAAUUUCUAACUAUAGAGAAGAUUGUGAUAGAAAUGUUUCUAACAAUGGUAAUAGAAUUAAUGAGACUAACAGAAAUCAUGGCAACUGUAGAGAAGAUACUGAAAUUAACUCUUCCAACAACAGUGAAGAAAACACAAGUCAUUCAAGUGACGAAAAUGUUCCCAAUCAUAUUGAUAGAAACAAUGAAAACCCAAGUGAGUUUAGAGACAUAAACAAUAGCAGUUAUAAUGACGCAAUCGUUGACAAUAGCAGUUUCCCAAACAAUAGUAACAGAAAUACUAGAAACAAUAGUGAUUAUGAUGAAGCCAUUGACACGGUUGAUGAAGCUAUUGAUUAUAGAGAAAUUAACAAUAGUAGGUAUGAUGAAAAACUUGUUGACAAUACCAGUUUCCCAAACAAUAGUAACACAAAUACUAGAAACAAUAGUGACUGUAAUGAAGCCAUUGACACGGUUCAUGAAGCUAUUGAUUAUAGAGACAUGAACAAUAGUAGGUAUGAUGAAAAACUUGUUGACAAUACCAGUUUCCCAAACAAUAGUAACAGAAAUACUAGAAACAAUAGUGAUUAUGAUGAAGCCAUUGACACGGUUCAUGAAGCUAUUGAUUAUAGAGACAUGAACAAUAGUAGGUAUGAUGACAAACUUGUUGACAAUACCAGUUUCCCAAACAAUAGUAACAGAAAUACUAGUAGUGAAAUUGGCAACAUUUUUGAAAACAUCAAUAUGAAUUUUGUGUUUUGUGACCGCGGUAACAGGGCGAUCAAUAGGAAUAAAACUUCUAAUGGUUUUGAUACUAUUAUAACUUCAAGUGUAGAUUCUAGAAGUCUAGUUAAAGAUUUUGAAAAUCGAGCAGAUGUAGACGAAAAUGGUUCGAAAAAAUGUGCAAUUAUCAAAUCUAGUCCAGAAAAUAGUGAGAAUUCAGUUGAAAAACAAGCUGAUAGUCGAAUGAAUGAACAAAAUGUAGUUGCAGUUGAAAAGCAAGCUGAUAACAAACAAAAUGUUGUUGCAGUUGAAAAACAAGCUGACAAUGAACAAAAUGUUGUUGCAGUUGAAAAGCAAGCUGAUAACGAACAAAAUGUUGUUGCAGUUGAAAAGCAAGCUGAUAACGAACAAAAUGUUGUUGCAGUUGAAAAACAAGCUGAUAACGAACAAAAUGUUGUUGCAGUUGAAAAGCAAGCUGAUAACAAACAAAAUGUUGUUGCAGUUGAAAAGCAAGCUGAUAACAAACAAAAUGUUGUUGCAGUUGAAAAACAAGCUGAUAACGAACAAAAUGUGCUUGAUGAAGUAGAUAAUAAUUUUGAAAAUUGUAAAUCUGUGAUAAAUUAUUGUAGUGAAAGUGAGAAAUUGUGUACCGAAGUUAUUAAUAGUCAGAAGGAAUGUGUGGCUAAUUUUGAACAUGAUGUACAAAUUGCUUCUAAUGAAAUUUCUGUGCUUGCUAUUAAUGAGGAUGUGAAACAAUCGUGUGAAACAAACUCCAUUUUUUAUGUGCCAUGUGAUGAUAGCUCGGAGGACCAAUUUUUGGUGAAGAAUUUAGCGGAAACUGAGAACAAGGGUGAAGGUUGUGCUAAGAGGAAAAAUUGGGCGGUUAGAAAGUAUUUUAGGAAAACUGAGGGGAAUGUUGAUGAAAAUGACAAAGAAACUGGUUGCUUUGAUAAAAAUAAGUGUGAAUUAUCAUAACAUGUUAAUUUAAAAUAGAAAAUAUUUAUAAAUAAUGAAAUAAAUAGAAAAUGUUGAUACGAAGAUAAUGAUACUAGUUGUUUUGAUAAAAAUAUUUG